GUCUGACAUAUAUUGAAAAUUCACUAAAAUACCUAAGUAACUGAGAAAUAUACCAAGACAUCUCUACCCAUUACUCAAGAUGUCGGGUUACGACGUGUCCCUCUAUGCCUUCAUGUCUGGCUCGGACGAAGACUAUUACCAACAAAUGGGCCUAUCAACUCUAUUUCCUUCGGCUUAUAACCAAGGAAAUGAUCAAACACAACAGCAGCCCGUAGUCUUCUCAGAUAUGCAGGGCUGGGAUAAUAUCUCACAAUAUCCCAGCCAUUCACUUCACACACCAGGGCCUGAAGCCAACGAGGCCAACACAACAAAUACCGACAUGUCUACCAUGUUCGGUACCGACCAAGGGAUGUUCCAGCAGGACCCAAACCAGGAAACGUAUAGUUUGAUCUGCGACGAAUACGACAUCGGCCAGAACAGCGAGUGGGAUGAAUACUUCCACUCUGCUGUAGAAAACUCACAGCCCCACAACGGACUAGUGAGUCCCUCCCCUAUCGCUCUAGACGAGAGCGAGAUGAGAAGCCUUUUCGGGUCGCCUGUGCGCCAAUACACACCGACCGAAGUCGUCUCACCGGCGCCCCUCCAACAAUUGGAGGGGCAAUUACAACAACCACGGGAGGAGGUUAUCCUCCCAUCUUUAACAAUGUCGCUCCCGCAAGAAGGGUCCCAAGUCCCUUCUAGCCAAGAAAGCGGCCAGUCCCAAGCGACAACGGCACCAACAUCGGGACAGGGGCAAAAGCCCCAGGCUUACCCCGAGGAAUCUUACCCGACCCCAGAAUCGACAUCAGGGGGUCACGAAAGCGGCGAACCCCGCCCGAGGACGAGGAAGACCCGAAUCGUCGGCAAGAACUCUUGCGAGUGUUGUCGGCGCUCGAAGGUAAAGUGCGUGCACGCGCCGGGCAUGGUAAAAUGCAAGCGCUGCGAGGCAAAGGGGUUCGACUGCGUCGUCAGCGGCAUAGACAACCGAACCAACAAGUCGUCCCGCGGCGAACUCCACGAGGUCAUCAACAAGAAUCACGCCCUGAUACAGGAGUUCGUCGCCCUCCUGUAUCUCCUCAGCCCCCGGGGGGCGGGGUCGAACCAGGAGGAGCACGCGGAGGCUCUUCGUAUGGUAAACAAAGGAUGGAGCCCUACGAAGAUCCUCGAAUACUUCGACAAACCGGCUUCGGGGUUCUUCCCACUCGACUCCGUGCGGGAACUCACCAAUCGCCGCGCCGCUUUCGAAAAGUUGGAGGAGAGAAGGACGGCGAUCAGGGAGGCAGAGGAAUAUGGAAAGUGGGCAAUGUGCGCUCUCUACAAGGCGUACAGCAGCGUCCGAUCCGGUAUGAUAUCGGACAAGUGCGUCGAGGAGAUCUUGAGAGACGCAAAGUACGGCAGAUUUACGCACCCUGCCCUUGAGGUGUCCGACGAGGAGAGGAGGAGCAUCCUCGCUCCUGCGGUCACGGAGAUGUACAUGGGCACACCCAUGCCUUCUCCCAGAACCGUCAAGGCCCUUCCGAACUACCUAAUAGUUUAGGAGUGAGGGUCGAUGACCAAUGUCUCGAUCCGUCAAUGCCGCGGCUCUCUUGUCAUCCUCAUAUCACCAACAUUCUCUCUUUCCUUGGAUAAGAUACCCAUCGCAUCGCAUACAUUAGGAGUUCGGUAUUCAUUUUCGGCAUGAGAUACCCGGUUUAAAAGCAACGUUCAAAUUCGGUUCAAAGGAGUUGGGAAGGGAUAUCAUUU